AUGAACAGAGUCUUGGAAAAUAUGCUUAUAAUAGAUCAGCCCAAACAAUAUUUUGGAGACGCUCGUGGGGUACCGCGACAUCCCCAGAUUCCAUUCCAACUUCACUUGGCACUCCACAUUUUAUGCCUCUUCGCUGGGAAUACUCAGUCCUGUAAGCGUCCUGUUUAUCUCAAACAGCUGUAUAGUUCUCAGACUGAAGCAAAAGUGAGAGUUGACGUCUUGACAUACAUCUUCGCCUUGAUUUUGAUGACUUUUGACAUUUUCAUGCUACUUGACAAGCGUUCCCGCUGUCUUGGUGGUUUAUGGGAACAUCUUUGA